AUGUCCGUGGAUGCGAUGGAUAUUGACUCGAUAUCGUCGCCAGAGAAGAAGCGCAAGGAAAAGAGUGAAUCAAAGAAACGCAAGAGGCAUGAGCAAACAGGGGAUUCAGUCGUGGUAGACGACAGCGAGAAGAAGAAGAAAAAGAAGAAAAAGGACAAACAUUCGAAAGAUGAGAAAGGUUCAAAGAAAAAUGAUGAUAAAAAGGAGGAGAAGGAAGAAGUAGCUGCGUCUCGAAAACCUCUUUCAAAAUCGACCUCGAGAGACAAAGAUACUCACACCCAUUCCUCAUCCACCGCGGACCAGCUACCUUCUUUCCACCGCGUGACAACAACACUAUACCUCCCUCUCUCACCCAUUGCCAUAUCGCCAACUCAUGCGGUUUCGUCCCUACUAGCAGAGCACAUCUCUCCCUUGCUCCUGACUUACUACCCGCCCGUCCGUGGCGUGGUACUCGCUUACUCCAACCCUUCCGUUUCAGCUACCAAGCCCACUCUCGACUCAACAUCGACAUGCACGCCGAAUCCAGAGCCACUUACUCUCGCCAAAACUGCAGGAGAAUACGGUGUCCUACACAUCUACCUAACCCUCACGUUUCUUGUCUUCCGACCUGAACGCGGCCAGACGCUCGAGGGUUGGAUCAAUGUACAAUCAGAAGACUUUUUGGGUGCCAUUGUAUUUAACCUAUUUUCCAUUGGUAUUGAGCGUCGAAGGCUGCCUGCGGACUGGAAGUGGAUAGCGCCGGGACAACAACCAGACAAGCCCAGCACAAAUACCACGACGACAACUACAUCUCCUACCUCCAGCAAGGACGAGGAGGAUGAGGAUGAGGAUGAAGCAGACUCGGAUAAAGAGAACUUCAAACCACUGGCUUCAAACAGUGAAGCGUCACAGUUCGAAGACGCAGCUUCUGCAGAGACGGGAUAUUUCCAGACACGCUCGGGCAAGCGUGUGCGUGGAACUAUUCGGUUUCGUGUCCGUGAUGUCGAUGUUAUACCGGGCAGUGAGCGGGAUAAAGGCUUCCUUAGUCUUGAAGGGACCAUGCUGAGUCGCGAGGAUGAGGAGAAGCUUGUUGCUGAAGAAAGGAGCAAGGCAUUGGGGGCAGGGAGGGCAAAGGCAGGUGAUAACUACCAUGAUCCUACGUCUAGAGAGCGUGGAGAAGAGGAGGCUGCGGAUGUGGAUGUGAGUAUGUCCGGAGCUAUUGACGAGAUACUACCCUCGACUGUGGAGAAAAAGAAGGAGAAGAAGGAGAAGAAGAAGAGCAAAAAGGAGAAGACGAGCUCUAGCUCAAAAGGCUCAAAAGUUGUUUCUCUUCAACUCUUCGACGAAGCAAUUGACGAUGACCUUAAUAUAGCCCAAACUAGACAACACGAGAUAUAA